AUGUUCAACCACGCCCGCAACCCAUGGAAAUUAGACGCACUAGAUUGUACUGGACAAGGGAUACUGAUUGAGAAGCAAGCGGAAGAGCCACGGCCCGUUCAAGUCCAGAAGAACGUGAAAGAGGUGAAUCUGCGGCUGCUUGCUAUGCUACUACUGCGCAAUGUGGAUCUAUUCCUCUGCGGAGACGGGAUGAGAAUUAGGGUUAUCUACCCUGGUAGCCCUUCGGAUGACGGGACGCAGCAAUGUACCAGAACGCAGGAUUAG